AUGGGGGAGGGCGACCAGAAGGGGCCCCACGAGCAAGAGCAGCAGCAGCAGCAGCAGCAGCCAGAUCCGCAGCAGCAGCAGGGAGAUCAGCCGCAGCACAAUGAGGACAGCGAUCAGAGGCAGGAGCAGCAACAGUUGACACCAGCGGAAGGGCCACGGACGCUGGAGGCAAACGAAGCGAGCUCUGGCUCCAGCUCCAGCAGCAGCAGCAGCAGCAGCAGGGGCGCAGAUGCUGCUGAAGAACAGGAUGAGGAGGAAGAUGAGGGCGACAAUUCGUUCAUGUUGACUGUACAGACACUUGACCGCCAGCAACUCAGGCUCACUGCUUUUCCAGGUAUUGCUGCUGCUGUUGCCGCUGCCGUUGUUGCUGAUUGGACUGCGCUGCAGCUGAAGGAAGCCUUGGCCCCGCAGCUGCGCUAUCCUCCUGGGGAGCAGCGGCUCAUCGUGAGAGGCCACGUGAUGAGGGAUGAAGAAGUUUUGGAGUCGCUGGGCAUCAGCAGCGAUGGGCCGAUGGUGCAUGUGGUGCGGAAUGCGGAAAGGAGAAACACAGGUAUUCCCGGCAGCAGCAGCGGCGCAGCAGCAGCAGCAGCAGCCUCCCCUCAGGAGCUGCUGAUGGAGCAGCUGGCGCGCUCUCCGCAUCUGCAGCAGCUAAUGGAGAGCGACCUCAUGAACAGUUUGCUGCAGUCGAGCCCGCUGCUGCAGGCCUUGAGGGAGCAAAACCCCGAAAUCAACAGUCUGCUCUCAGACCCACAGUUGUUUCGCAUGGGUAUGGACGCCAUGAGGAAUCCUUCCCUGUUAAGGGAGAUGAUUAGGAAUACAGACAGGGCCCUAGCCAACAUUGAAGCCGUUCCAGGGGUAGCUGCUGCUGCUGCUUCUGCUGCUGCUGCUGCUGCUUUCGCUGCUCCUGCGCUGUAUGGGGAGCCUAUGCACGAAGCAGCCAUUCAAAUUGCUGCUGAGCUGCGCGGCGGCACAGCGCGAGGAGAGAGAGGGAACCCCACAGGAGAAGCAACAAACCGACGCAGGGAUUCGGGACCUUCAAAGGAGGCCCUACCCAACCCCUGGGCCCCUCAGCAAUCGCAGAACAGUUUGCAGCAGCAGCAGCAGCAGCAGAGUUCUGAGUCAGCGAGGGAGGCUCAUGAAUUGAAUACGUAUCUUGAGGCCCGGAGGCGUCAGCAGCAGCGCCAGCAGCAGGUGUUGCGGCAGCAGCAAAUACAACGGGAUUACUUGCUACAGCAGCAGCGCCAACUGCAGCAGCAGCAGCGGGAACAGCAGCAGGAGCAGCAGCAGGAACAGCAGCAGCAGGGGACGACGACGACCGCUGGCGCAAUAUCUCCGCAGCAGGUCAGAGGCAACAGUGGGGUGCUGCAGCAGCAGCAGGAGCUGCAGCAGCAGCUCCUGCUGCUGCUGCAAGGUCCAGACGCUCAGACUCCAAGUGGCUCAGGUGUACAGGCACCUCCGGAUGCAGCAGCAGCUGCAGCAGCAGCAGCAGCUGCUGCUGUUGCCUCACUCGCGCAUGCAUCCUCAGGUGCCUCGGGGGCACCGCCUUCUGCGUGGGGCUUUGGGGGCCCUGGGGGUAUCGUUCAAGACUUCACGAGGCUGACGGUUGGAAGUGCGGAGCCCUCCGCAGCAACGUCUCCUGUUCAGCAUCAGCAGCAGCAACCUCAGCAGCAGCAACCUCAGCAGCAGCAGCAGCAGCAACAGCAGUAUGCGCAUCAGCUCGCGUCUUUGAAUGCCAUGGGGUUCUCCAACCAGGCGGAGUGUUUGUGGGCGCUGCAGCAGACUGGAGGGAAUAUAAACCGGGCGAUCGAUUUGCUGUUGGCUCGGCAUCAGUGA